UCGAUGCUCGACUAUUGUCUGGCGUWCAGGAACCGCCAAAUUUUUAUUUAUUCUUUUCUUUUCACUGUCAUCGUUGGCGUCUGUUAAGUGAUAUUCUAGCAGAAUUAAGUUCUGGUKAGUAGGCAGCUGCUGUCAUUUUCACGUCAUUGCUAAUAGCGGUUUUGGUCUGCCACCUAUUUUUAGCCUUUUCUGAAUUGUCUACUCGUUUAUAUAGGUUUAUUGAUCACACUAAUCUUUUAUCACAAUGGAACAAUAUAUUGUAAGCAGUAAUAGUGCAUUAGAACUUAAGCUAGUUCGUAAACCUAGUGAUAUCAAUGAUCCAAAAGUAGCAUUUUAUCCUGACAUGACUUAUCAAGUAUUUGGAAAUAUGCCGGACAAUAUAAUGGAAAAACUCAAAGAUUAUAUUACUCCUAAUUUUUAUUCAAAYAUUGAUGUAUUUGAAAAAUGUUUAGAAGAUGAACCAUCGUUUAAGCCCUUUGGAAAUCAGCUCGAUCAAUUUAUUUUAAACCAUAUUGAAGAAAACAAGAAAUUUGAAGUUUAUGUGAUUGAAGAUGAAAACACAGAGUUUAAAGAAUAUUUUAAUCAACUGCAGACAUUUGUUUUAUGGUAUAUAGAUUCAUCAAAUAUCAUUGAUUUUGAUGAUUCUAAAUGGAAGAUAUUUAUCAUGAAACAAGUUCGUCGUGUAAUUGAAAUCAUACUACUUAAAAUUACUAAUCGACAGAAUAAAGAUGAAUAUGAAAAAUACAAGAAAUUUGUAAAAACAAGAUUGAAUUGGCCAUUUCAAAAAAAACCUACCAAACUUAUGUUGGCUAUGCCCGCUGAAGAAGUUGAAAAAAUCCAAAAAGCUGACUCUAUUGUAAAAUUAGAAGAUUUAGAUAUUGAGUAUAAUGAAUUAGAACCCUCAUAUGAUAAAGUAAUUAAGCGAUUAGAAAUUAGCAUUACUGUAUAAUUAAUUACCACAAAUAUUCGGUUUUUAAUUUGUUGUAUGAUAAAUAUUUUUAUUUCUAUUAUCUACAC